CCCUCCCUUGCCCAAAAUGGUUACUCCCUCUUCUCCAACUGUUAAUGAAUCCUCUAGAACCACCAGAGAUGAAGACAAGGGCAAGACCAAACCGCUUUUUGACGAGGUCGUUAGACUGGGCAUGCUGUUUAAGACAGGCAGCCAUCGUUGUCCAGAAGGCCAGAGCAUUGUGCCACGUCAAGUCAGCUUCGACUCCAUGCCAGAGUCUGGCCUCACAGACGAACAACUUGUCGAGGAGUUUGCGUCCAUUGCUUUGAAGAGUAGUAACUCAAAUCCCCCCAACUCUUUUGGGAUUUCCCGACGCUACUAUGUGCCCUGCUGCACUCGGGGCAGCCCUCUUGAUACCACUACUGAACCAGAAUAUGGCGGAGUCUUUACGCCCGGGGGAUGUCUCUCAAACACUGUUGCGCUUUUGGCUGCAAGAGAAAAUAUUUUCCUGGAUCAGGUUUGAGAGGCAUUCCAGUGCUGCCGAGCAAGAUCCGUGUGUUGGUAUUAAAUAUUGCAGAGAAUUGCUCAAUACACUCAGCCAUGACCAUGAUAUCCCUUGGCGAGGAGAAUAUCAUACCCGUCCCCGUUGAUGCUAACUUUCACAUGGAUCAAGAAGCUUUAAGGCGUAUCAUCGACCAAGAAAGGAAUCUGGGGAACACCAUAAUGACCUGUGUUGCAUAUGCAGGUAAUCCAACGAGUUUUAAAACCGACGAUUUACAUGGUCUAGCGCAGAAACCUCAAGAGCAAGGUAUCUGGUUCCACGUUGAUGCCUGUCAUGGCAGCCAACUCGCCUUUUUAGAACAACAUCGCUAUAAGCUGCGAGGCAUCGAAAAGGCAGAUUCAAUCACAAUUGACC